AUGGAUAUGGUGGUACCAGAAUUUCGGAGGGCUUGCCCAAUGAAAGCUGAUAGCGCUCGUGGUUUACGUUACAGUGUAGGAGUAGGAGGAGGUGCUUCCAUCUUCAUUAAUUCGGUUUCACAACAAAAACCAAUGAAGAUUUUCUCAGUUCCAGUUGAGGAAGGAAGGGUUGGCCAGGAUGGCAAGCCUUCAGUUGGUCCGGUGUACCGUAAUUUACUCUCCCAAAAUGCUUUUCCCCCCACCCGAUCGCCAAAUAAGUUCAUCUUGGGACAUUUUCAGCCAGGGCCUUACAUUUGGAAAACAUACAAGGAGGUUUAUGAGGAAGUUCUGCAUGUUGGUUCUGCGUUACGAUUAUCCGGUGUUGAACCAGGCUCCCGGAUUGGGAUUUAUGGCUCAAAUUGUCCCCAAUGGAUUAUGGCAAUGGAGGCUUGCAAUGCUCACAGUUUGAUUUGUGUGCCUCUCUACGAUACCCUUGGUCCGGGAGCUGUAAAUUAUAUUGUAGAUCAUGCAGAGGUUGAGGUUGUUUUCAUCCAAGAUAAGAAAGUGAAAGAACUAUUGAACCCGGAUUGUAGAUCUCUUCAACGACUAAAAGUUAUGGUUUGCUUCACUUCAUUGACAGAGGAAGAGAAGGAAAAAGCAGUGCAGCUUGGGAUAAAACCAUACUCAUGGAACGAGUUCAUCGAGAUGGGUAAACAAAAUCCGUCAGAGAUUCUUCCACCCCAGACUGAAAAUAUCUGCGCAAUUAUGUACACAAGCGGUACCAGUGGAGAUCCUAAAGGUGUUGUGAUAACACAUGAAAAUAUUGCAUAUGGUGUGAGAGGGAUUGACCUUUUUAUGGAACAAUUUGAGGACAAGAUGACAGUGGAUGAUGUGUAUCUAUCUUUCCUUCCCCUGGCUCAUAUCCUGGAUCGCGUGAUUGAGGAGUAUUUUUUCCGAAAUGGUGCUUCUGUUGGCUACUAUCAUGGGGAUCUUAAUGCAUUGAAGGAUGAUAUGAUGGAGUUAAAGCCAACGCUUCUUGCUGGGGUGCCUAGAGUUUUUGAAAAAAUACACGAAGGUAUAAAGAAAGCAGUGUUAGAGCUCAAUCCCAGAAGAAGGAAGAUUUUUGACAUUCUCUACAGAUACAAACUUGCUUGGAUGAAUAUGGGGUAUAAGAACAAAAAUGCAUCACCAUUAGCAGAUCUGUUAGCCUUCAGGAAGAUCAAAGCUAGGCUGGGCGGUCAGCUUCGACUUAUAAUUUCUGGAGGUGCACCCUUGAGCUCUGAGAUCGAAGAAUUCUUGCGGGUUACUUGCUGUGCUUUUGUAGUCCAAGGCUAUGGGUUGACCGAAACUUGUGGACCGACUACUCUUGGCUUUCCGGAUGAAAUGUGCAUGAUUGGAGCUGUUGGUUCUGUAUCUGUAUACAAUGAGCUGCGCCUGGAUGAGGUUCCAGAAAUGGGAUACAAUCCACUUGGGAAUCCUCCUUGUGGUGAGAUAUGUCUGAGAGGGAAGACUGUUUUUUCCGGCUACUACAAAAGUCCUGAAUUGACAAGCGAAGCCAUAAAAGAUGGCUGGUUCCAUACAGGGGACAUAGGUGAAAUACUUCCAAAUGGAACCAUCAAGGUUAUUGAUAGGAAAAAGAAUCUCAUUAAGCUAUCCCAAGGAGAGUAUGUUGCACUUGAGUAUUUGGAAAAUGUUUAUGGCAUUGCUUCUAUUAUUGAAGAUAUCUGGGUUUACGGAAACAGCUUCAAGUCCAUGCUUGUUGCAGUGGUGGUACCAGAAGAAGAAACUACCAAGAAAUGGGCUUAUUUAAAUGGUCACAUGGGUUCAUUUUCUGAUAUUUGUUCUCUUGAUCAGCUAAAGAAUCAUAUCAUGGCCGAGCUUAAGUUAACAGCUGAGAGAAACAAGUUGCGUGGCUUUGAACAUAUCAAAGGAGUCAUUGUAGAACCUCGCCCCCUUGACAUGGAAAGAGACUUGGUGACUGCAACUAUGAAAAAGAAAAGACAUCAACUGCUCAAGUAUUACAAGGUUGAAAUUGAUCAACUCUACCAAACUCUGGAUGGACGAAAAUGCUCUUGA